AUGUUUAAAAAUGAUAAACCUGUAAUUAUAGAUGAGUAAUAUUUGCUGACAUCUAUCUAUUAUACUGGUAGAAAUUCUGUUUAUUAUAAUGCAGUACUAGUUAAAAAUGAUCAGAAAACUGCUGACAUACUAGUAUAAAUAGUAUACUUUGGAACACAUUAAAAUAGGUGACUAAUCAGGCCUAAUGUUAUUGCAGAUUAUAUAAAAAAACCAGUGACAGUAUUAUUAAUACCCUAAAUAAGAUGCUAUCACUCCUAAUAUUCAUCAAUUUGGAAUUCUCAAAGUAGGAGAAACAUCUUAUCAUUACAUUGUACAAUAGAAAGCAGGACCAUCAUUGAAAUUGUGUUUUUAGUUGAUGAAACGUAAAUUUUCAAUUUAAACAACUGCUUUAAUUGCAUUAAAAAUGGUAAUUAUGUGUUAAUAAGUUAAGAUCACUCACCUCUCAUAAUUACAUUCUUUAAAUAUAAUUCAUCGAUGUUUAAAAUUAUCCAAUCUAAUUACUACUCUCUCAUCUGAAAUAUAUUUCACAAAUUUUGAGUAUUCUUCAAAAUAUAUGGAUAAAAAUGGAAAAAUCUUACUCAAAAACAAAAAUAAACUCAACUUGUAUAUAAAUAAAUUCUCAUCCAUAGGCACGCAUUUAAAACAAUGUACUUUAAUUUCAGAAUAUAAAAGUUCCUUGUCCAAGAGAUGAUUUAGAGUCGUUAUUUUAUAUUUUAUUACAUGUCAUCACUUCAGGUAAAUUUUUACCUUCUCAACCUAAUGUAAAACGUUAAGAGAAACUCAAAUAUUAUUAUGAGAUAAAGUAGAGAUUUGUUCCUGAAAGAGAAUUAAAGGGGUAUCCAGAAUAAUUUUUAUAAUUGUAUCAUGCUAUUAGAUUGCUGUCCCCUCAUGAAUUUCCAAAUUAUGAUCUAUUGAAACAACCAUUUUUUUAAUUAUUAGGUCAAAAUGAUUUACAAUUAUAAUUUGAUUGGAUUCAUAUACUUAAACCUAAAAAGAGAAAUAGUACUUCUACAAGUCCUAUUAGAAUAAGUAAAUUAAAACAUGCAGGAAGUGUUGGUGAUAUGGCAUUUAUUUAAUAAAUAAAGAAUUAAGAGUCAAUAACUGAUGCUAUAUCUCCUGAGAGAUAAGGAAAAGCAACAAUGAAGCAUUUUGUAUAUCCGACAAGUAAAAAUACAAUUUCACAAUAAUUACCUGCAAUAUAGGAAAGGUAAGAAGGAACUUAAAAUUCUAUUACUUAAUAAAAUUAAUUUUAAAAAAAAUUUGGAGGACUUUCAAUUGUGAUUUGUAAAUAAUAAGAAACAAGUUCUUCAUCUUCAGGAAAUGUGAGUUCGAUGAGUGAUGAUACAUCUGAAGUUGAUACAAAGACACUAAAUGGAGUAAUCGGUAAAUUAGACUGUGAUUGAAGUGUGU